GAAAUUGCGGCAAUUUUUUAUGGCUCGGGCGAAUUUUGUCUAUAAAAUUGUCUAUAAAAUUUUAAUAAAGUUUCGAUGCGGAUGUUAUGGCUGGCGCCGCUAAAAAACCUAAGAUGACCACCACCACUGAUGACAAUGGAGAAGCAACCACUUGCGCCUACUGGGUGCCACGAAAGAAGCGCAACUGUAAGAUGACACCCAAUAAGGGGAGUUUGUUUUGUGGCGCCCACGCUCUCGCUACAGUGACUGAAGACAACGUGGAAACUGCUGAGGAACAAAUCCGGGUAGCGUGUCCCCUGGACCCCAAGCACACGGUAUUCAAAUGGAAGCUAACAAAACAUCUAAAAAUCUGCAAUGCCCGCGAAGAAAUUAGCACCUUGCCUUACAUAGUUAAAAAUUUCAAUGCUGGAGACGCCUUAGACAAUUCCGAGGAGCAUGAUGGCUACUGCAAACUGAAACUGCACGAACUGGAGGAUGAGGAGUUCUAUGGUGUUAUAAAGAAAGUUAAACAUUUAUAUGACCAGCACGUGACCAACACCAUUGAACAGCUUCAAUUUCAACAUCCCUCGUUGGAAGAGCCGUUAAGCAAUGAAGAAUAUGGCCAAGAAUCGCGCAAGCAUCUAGUCCAGACAUCAGCACUUCUCGGAAUCCUUGAACACGAUCAACAGCUGAAGGAGGACACAAGUUUUAUAGAAUUUGGAGCCGGCAAGGGACAAUUGGCAUAUUAUCUGGCCACUGCACUGGAGACUCAGAGUCUCUCGAAUGCCCAAGUGGUUCUCAUCGAUCGCCUUUCGUUGCGCCACAAAAAGGACAAUAAGGUGGCCAAUAAGGAAUUGGUUCAACGUAUCCGAGCUGAUAUCGCCGACCUGAAGAUGUCCCAGCUGCCGGAACUUAAGCAAACCAAACGUAAUGUAGCCCUGUCAAAGCAUUUGUGUGGAGCAGCCACAGAUCUUACGCUGCGCUGUGUUCUGGCCGAGAAUGAAACCACAACUACAGAUUAUAUACUGAUUGCCCUCUGCUGUCAUCAUCGUUGUUCCUGGCGCAGCUAUGUGGGCAAGACGUGGCUGGAAAAGGCCGGCAUAAGUCCACGAGAGUUUGUCAUCAUUAGCAAAAUGGUAGGAUGGGCCGUUUGUGGCACUGGCAUGAGUCGAGAUCGUCGCAAGGCCAUGGCAGAGAACCAGGAGGAACUCGCAGAGUCUAUCAAUCAACGGCUGAGUCGCGAAGAACGUGAGGAAAUUGGAUACCAGUGUAAACGCAUUCUCGAUUAUGGUCGCCUGGAGCAUCUGCGAUCCAAUGGCUUUGAAGCAUCACUCAAAUUCUAUGUGCCAAGCGAUAUUACCUUGGAAAAUGUUGUGCUUUUAGCUAAGCGUAUCGAUACAAAGUGCAAUAAUAAAGAUGACAUAGUAUAAUUUUAAAAACUAA